AUGCAAAGCUCCAGUGCUUCCGGCUCUGACGUUGUCAAGGAUGGCCUGGAAGGUUUCCUGCGCGUUCAGUUCGAAGGGAAGUUGAAGAGAUGGGCGAGGAAGUGGUUGAAGCUGGACAAGGAUGGCAACCUCGACUUCUAUGAUAGCCAGACUUCUGUUGCAAAGAUCGAACGGUUCUCCAUGAACCUGAAAGAGCUCGACUCGAUUUGCAAAACCGAUGAUGUGAGCAUUUCUCUUAGAAAGGGAGCUAAGGAGGUUCUCCUCCAAUCUCAAGAUGUCCAAGAGACAGAACAAUGGCUUAAAGCUUUCCAGAACAGUGCAAGACGGAACCCAUCUGACAGUAAGAAGGAUACUCCUGACGUUGGAAGCCUGCCUGUAUCAUAUCCCAAGAAUUCGGAUCCUGAUGAAGGCGUCGAUGUGCUGGGUGAGAUCCUUGGAGGUAACAGUGAAGAAGAGUACGACCCAGCAGAAGAUGCGAUAGCUGACAUGAAGGACUCCGAGCCUUUGAAAGUCCCAUCCGAAACCUCGUUUCCCUCCACACGUGCAACACUAUCAAAAGAGCACAUAGAGCAGUUCAAGGGUUCUCAGCGCAUGAAUGAAGAUAAAUUGACAAACACAGGAAAAGCUCGGCAGGAUGAUGCACCUCGUGCUGAUGUGAAAAAGGAUUCCAAGGGAACACCUGCACAGGCAGAGCAGCGCAACGGGGGUAGUUCGUCAUUGGGGGACAGGAACAAUGGAGCGAAAGGGAUCUGUGGAGUUGGUAUGGUUCUUGAACCAGCAGACCCUGGUCCAGAUGGCUUCUGUGAAGUUCGAUCUAUCAAGGAGGGAGGGUCUGUAUGGUGCGAAGGGACGAUCAGGAACGGGGACCUCGUGCUCAGGGUCGAUGAGUUGGAUUGCAGGGGAGUACUGCGGGAAGAGAUCAAGAAGCGCGUGCUGGGACGAGAAGGGACUGUGCUGCUGCUGGAGAUGUUCAGGAAAGAUUAUGGAAGUUUCAAGGUGGAGCUGAUCAGGUCUUCAUCGACUGGUCUUGGAAAGAGGGAAAACACUGCAAAGGAGAGCGAGGUAGAGCCGAACAAGAAGCCAAGGGCUGGUGGGCAAGAGGCACAGGCGACGAAGGCUGAUGGCAGGAUAGGAAGGGAGCCGGCGAUCAAGGCUGAUAGCAGGAUAGGAAGGGAGCCGGCCAUCAAGGCUGAUGGCAGGAUAGGAAGGGAGCCGGCCAUCAAGGCUGAUAGCAGGAUAGGAAGGGAGCCGGCCAUCAAGGCUGAUGGCAGGAUAGGAAGGGAGCCCACAACUAAGGCUGAUGGCAGGAUAGGAAGGGAGCCGACAACGAAGGCUGAUAGCAAGAUAGGAAAACAAGAUGCUGGGAUUCAGGAUGGAGAAAGGAAUUUUAUAGAGCACCCCAAGGUCCCUGCAGCUCAUACCCCUGUUGUCUUCGCUCUCUUCACUUCAGCGAUUCCGAAUACUCCCCAACAUUUUCCUGCAAACAAGGCGAUCGAAGAUCUAGCGUCUGUCGGGCAGCCUGGAAGGGAUCAACCUAUGAGUUUUGAAGCCAACGGGAAUCUACCUGUUCAACCUGGUCUGGUGACCCCGGGGAUUGCGAAUGCGAAUGCUGGAAUACAAGAUACUUCCGCAAGGGUGGAAGCAGCAGAGGAGUGGCAGCAGGCGGACCCAGCGAUUCCAAUCUCCAUAAUUCUGCGUGAUGCACAUGCAAUGGAUCAGCUAGAGUCGUUCGUGAUGUUGCCAAACACGCAGAAGGUGUUGAACUUUGAUGAGAUCGACAGACUUGUAAGGAAGAUUGCUGAAGUCUCAAAGGUGGAGAAGAUCGACUCGACAGCGCUCAGAGAGAAAUACCCUGAAACGUACAAGCUGGUGGAGGGCCAGAUGAGAAGCUUGCUCUCGGACAGCAAGAUAUCUUCUCACCAGCUGAUCUCCAUGCUCGAUCAGUUGUCGUUGAUCGGCUGGGACGGAAAGAAGGAGCCGUCAUCCUCCCUCCUGCCGGACAUAGUCAAGGUCCUGAGCAAAUCUGUCUUCGCCAUGAAGCACACUGAGCUUGCGAGGUUGUUCUCUUCCCUCUCUCCCUUCAGCUGUGCGUCAUCCUGUCUCUCCAGCUCUGCCGGCUGGUCGCUCAUCAAAAAGGUGGAGAACUCUGUCAAGCAGAUGAACAACUUCGAAUUCCUGGCGGUUCUUGACGCUCUUGCUGCGAUCAAAGUCGACAUGAGCUCGAGCCUGAACGAGCGAGCAUGCGAUCGGCUGAAGCGCCUCCUCCUCGAUGGCAGGACGGAGAUCGGGAUGGAUCGGAUGGUAAGGUUGCUCCUCCUCUUCGGAAAGGCGAGGGACUGUGCUCGAAACAUCGAAGUGAUUCGCCUCAUCGCCUCAAAGAUCAGAGUGCAGGCACUGCAGGUUCAGGAUCUCCUUGCCGUCCUGCUGCUGCUGGCUGAGCGAGACAUCACUCUCAGCAUGGCCAUCCUGCACGACUUUGCUGCCCAGCUGGCGAAGUGGGGGCAGGAGCUGGUCCCUCCAGCAGCUACUCAGGCUCUCUGGGCACUCUGCUCGCUGGAAUGGCGCGAUGCCGACAGCAAGGUGAUGGACACUCUGCUGCUCUCAGCAACACAGACUCUCCAUGACCCUCCGCCUCAAAGUUCUGGCUCUGCUCCCGUUGGGGAGAUGGAAUUGAGCAGUGUGAACGCUGCUCGUCUCUUGUGGGUCUUGUGUAGGUUGGACAUGCAGGACAGGGCGGAGAAGUUUGUCCCUGCGCUGGAGAGGAGGAUCAUGGUCGACCCGGGUCAGCUAGGAGGACGAGACAUCACCGACCUGGCAUAUGCGAUCGAGAAACUCGAGCUGAAGGUCAGCUUGAGUAUGCAGCAGGAGAUCUCCCGCGCAGCAGCCAAGUUCGUCUCCUCCUACUCUUCGGGUGAGCUUGCGGUGACCCUGUCAGGCUUGACGUUCGGAGGGCACGCGCUCUGCGAGGAGCUAGUGGAGGCGAUCCCACUCUCUUCCAGGGCGCUGGGGAGGAACUUGUCUGCAUCGACGGCGAUCAGCAUCCUCCAGGCCCUGUCGAGCGGAUUGGAGAGCAGUGGUGGGGAAAUAGGAGGGGAGCACAGGAAGAGCCUGGCUACCUCGAUCCUCUUGGAUGUGGCGAGGAUGCUGGACAGAUGUGACACCCAGCAGGUGGCGAAGAUCGUCCUUGUCUGUAGCCGCUUGCAGCUCAAGGUGCAACAAGAGGUAGAGACCUCCUUCGCUCGCAAGUUUCUGCAGCUGCUGGAGCGAUACUCCACGGCUAUACGGGGAGGGAGCCGGGCUCAGCAAGGGGGGAGACCGUCGUCGGACUUCCAACAGGCGAAUUUUCAAAGGGAGUUCCAGCAUCUCUUCCUCUUUGCUCGGACCUCCUACUCCCUCGGCUGGGACUCUCCCUUGCAUGCGCAAUACCUCGACAUGCUGAGAGAGGUGACUCUCUUCUUUGCUCGUUCUUCGGACCCGGCUGUCGUGCUGGACAUGUACGUCAGUUUGUCCUCGGGCGAGGAGCUCGAGUCGUGCUUGCGAGCUAGGUUCCCCGAGCUGCUGCUGGAGGGAGAGCAGGAGGAGCUUCCAACAGCUGUAACAGGAGACGCCUUGGGGGGUCAGCGAGGCGGAUUGCAGAUGAAGAACUUCUUGUCCUCUCUGCUCAAGUUGAUCAUGGACCUGCGGGAUCGCAUGCAGGCAGCAGACCUUGGUCGCUUCUACCUCCUCCUCCUCCUCUCAGGUGAUGCAAAAGAGGAAGCUCGGAGCUCAACGUGGGUCGGCAUCUUCAGCAAGUUGGCAGGGAAGCUGGAGGAGGUGCCGGCCAAGACAUGCUGCAUGAUCAUCUGCUCCCUCGCCCUUCUCGGAGUGAUCCCGUCUGUAGAGGCUCUUGGCCAGGCAGUGAAGCGCGUGGUGAGGGGUAGGGAGGAGCUGUCGAUAGCAGACAGAAGUUGCAUGUUGCUGGCCCUGGGGAUGUUCAAUCAGACCCAGUUGGUGCCGGACUUCAAGGAGCUCUACGACGAGAUGCUUGAUACACUCCUCGACGAACAGACCAGUUCUGAGAGUGAGAAGGCGAAGUCCAAGGACAGCGAGGACGUCGACAUGUUCGAUGUAGAGGACGUCAAGGAGAAAGAGAGGAGGAUAAGGAUGAGGGAGAGCCUCAGCAACCCUUACCUGCAUGCACAGAUGGCCAUCAUGCUGCUCUUCUCGCAAGUUAUCUUGUGCAACAACGACAAUUCCAUGGAAGACGUCUGGAAGAAGAACGGGAGCGAGACAAACUCCGAGUCGCGCGAAGUUGCACUAUUGACUACGAUGCUGAUGCGUCUGAGACAAGCUCUGUUGUCUGACGCAGGUAAAGUUGGCGAGGACGCUGUCGAGAAGAAGCUCGGCAAGUCCUCGUUGGAGAGAUUCUACAUGCUGACGAGUCUGGUCGGCCUUAUCAGCCCGCAAGCGACUGCUACCCUCGGGGAGAGGGAGAAGGAGACGAUGGAGACGAUCAGAAUGGCCGGGAAGAAAUGUCUGAUGCUCUUACAGGACUUUACGGAUGGCGAGGAGGGCAGCCGAUGCCUGAAGGAAAUCAGCGAGACGGCAGCUGAGUUUGGAGUGGAGCUGCGAGUCGGUCGGAGGGACGAGGGUGCUGGUUUCUUGUUGCCGUUGAGCAACGAGGAGAAGAAGGUCGUGCUGGAUGUGGUGAGGGCGGAGGACGAGUUGUUCUCUCCGGAGGAGACAAGCUUGCGACUCAACGGAAGGUUCGAGUUGAGGAGGCAGAUCUUAUCGCUGUCGGGUUGGUCCCUCCUGCAGGUCCGCCUGUCAUCGUGGAAGCUUGUGCGGGAGGUGAACGUCGAGAAGAAGAAGUUCUUGUUCCGAGGGGAUCGACUGCGCAACUACAUCUCAUCGGAGUUCGAAGAAGAAUGCAUCCUCCGCGCCCUCCCGCGCCUCCACCAUCGUGUUGAGGUCAUGAGACUCCUAGAGGCUCUCCUCUGCAUACAUGAUGGCUUCGUGAGGAUGGACGCCGGGACGAUCGCGCUGUGCCUGCGUAAGCUGGGGCAGCAGAACCCGAUGGACAACAGCCGGAGGCUGCAGGAGAUCGUGUUUCAAUCCGGUCUACUUGCUCAUUGCUCCUCCAAGCUCGACGAGAUGGACGGAUCUCAACAAGCGCAGCUCUUCAAUGACGUUGUCAGCAUCUGGAUUGAAGUCGGUCGGCCUCGCAGCAGGUUCCCGACCUCGCUGAUGGUGACGCUGAUGAAGCUGGGCGAGGAGGCGAUGAAGGGAGACAACCUCGACCUCUCCAUGGUCGCGAACAUGUGCAGCGGGAUCCUGGAGGCGAAGGAUGAGCUGCCCAAGGAGGUUCUGUCUCAGACCCUCCUUGCUCUUGUCAACCGCUGCAAGGACGAAGAGUUUGUCAGGCUACUGCAGGUCGACGUUGUCGUCCCCGUGUUCGCUUGCACGUGCCUCAUGAGGAGCCUCAGCGUCGGGCAGCACCUGGUGGACAUGAUUGCUGUGGAAAAGCUCAAGGAGAAGAUUGACGGGUGCGGGGCUGAGCUGAGAACAAGGCACGUCCAGACCAUCUUCUGGUGGAUGGGCUGUGCAGGGGACAGGAGUGUCAACUUCAGCUACAGGCUGAUCAAGAGGCUGCAGCAACAGGUUGGGGAGAUGAGCGCUCAGGAGCUCAAGGACGUAGUCUGCUUUCAUGCUCAGCUUCAGCUGUUCCUCUCCACAGAGAUGGGCUUGCAGAUGAUGGACAGGUUCAAACAGCUGGACGUCUUGGAGGCGCUUCCCCUGAACGACUGCGUAUUCAUCCUCUCCUCCUUCGCUCUCAGCUGCGUCGAGGACGAGACUUUCGUCCUCGCCCUGUUGCGCCGGAUCGACCUGCUCGAGAGAUCACCGGCGAUGUCCAGCAGCAACGAGUGGAACGUGGAGAUGGAGAUCAGAUUUCUCUGGUGCUGUGUGGCGAUGCCCUGCCUCUGCAACACUCUCUUCCGUCCUGAUCGUACAGACUCGUCGGAGCAGCCGCUCUCCUCCUUCUCCAGCCUCCACACUCGCUGCCGUUUCCGCAUCCUUGAGAGGUGGACGAAGAAUCAGUUCUCUGUUCAAGGAACCAGAGAAGAGAAGCGACUGAGCCAGCUCGAGCUCAGCAUGCUCUGCCAGUACCACGUGGCAGUCCGCCUCCUCAUCGCUCAGGGAUGCUCCAACGCGCAGCUGGAGAGGUUGGGGCUGGUCAGAAAUCAGUCGGUGACGCUGGAGAAGCAGCGGAAGACUGUGAGCUGCAAGGUCUACGGGGAGGCUGCAGACGUCUUCAAGGACAUGGGGUAUGAGCCCUGCCGAGACUUUGAGUCCUUCUGCUAUGACCGCGACACGAUGGAGGGGAGGGGAAGAAGCAGGGAGAGAGCCGCGAUCCUCGGAGACAAGCGCAUCUCAGUGGGGAGCCUCAAGUACUGGAAGGACACGAGCAAGUCGGACAAGACGUUCCUGGAUGUCAGGGAUCUUGUUCACGCCAUCGUCGAGCUCUUCGCUGAGACUUCUGAUCGGCACGCUGAUCGUAACGGCGCUCGGCUCGAAGCUUCCUCCUCUUCUCCCCUCCUCGACUUCGACCAUCACAUCGGCCUCUCCCCCGACCCUGACUGGGACGAAGCCUUCCCUUCCGCCCGAGACGAGAACAGUGACGAGGAGAGGAAGGAUGAGGGGGGCUCUAGCGCCAGGAAGCAUGUUUCCAGGAAGAAAAAGGCAAGCAAGUUGUUGUGGAGUGUGCACUACAGCAAGACGAAGGAGCGAUGGUUCUACUACAACAACGAUACCAAGCAGAGGGUAAGGGCAUGGAGCAAGGAAGACGUGUGGAGGAGCGACGGAGGCGAUGUUGGGGAGGGGCUGCGAAGAGGAAGGAGGGUGGCAGUGGCUGAAGGGGAAGGAGAAGCAGAGGAGGAGGGACGUGGAUAA